CAACUUUAACAAUUCUAUUGAUGGAAAUUGGAAUAUCUCAUGUUCGGAGUCUAAGCGCUUUUGUAAUAAUUAACUAAAAUUUCGACUUUUUAUAGUAUUAAUAAUCAUUAACCACGCUUAGUUCUAUUUUAUCUUCGUAGUUUUGUAAAAGUUGCAACUGUGGAUAGAUUACACAAAAUGAUGGAUGGUGGUGUUGUACACCCCCACUCGAGUGUGGUCCAUGGAGGGGUGACAGGAGUUGUACAUGGAAUGCCAGUACAUGGGGCAGGUCCAGAUGGAGAGCAUCCUCCUCAUGGACCACGGCGCCGCUAUCAAAACAGACCCAAGCCACCUAACAAUUUGGAACGUCUACCACUUGAUGAAGCUGCGAAAAGGGAAAUGGAAGCUCUCCCAAUGAAGACACCAGUGUCAGUACUGCAAGAGCUCUUGGCUAGACGUGGCACGGUUCCCAAAUAUGAGCUGGUGCAAAUAGAAGGAAUGAUUCAUGAACCUACCUUUCGCUAUCGGGUGACUGUUGCAGAUUUGAUUGCAAUGGGUACUGGAAGAUCGAAAAAGGAAGCUAAGCAUUCAGCUGCCAAAGCUUUACUUGAUAAGUUAACUGGUGCUACACCAGCUGAUCAGUCAACAAAUGGAACUGUACCUGAAACUGGGACCGUUGUAUCAUCUUUUGAGGACAAACUGAUGGGCAAUCCAGUGGGAUGGUUGCAGGAGCUUUGUAUGUCUCGCUUCUGGCCUCCACCCUCAUAUCAUGCAGAGAAUGAUGACAAUGUUUCCAGGCGUUUACCCCAUGAGCGCCAGUUCACGAUUGUUUGUACACUGUUGAAACGUCGCGAGGUGGGAACAGGAAAGUCUAAGAAAUUGGCUAAGCGCCAGGCAGCAUACAAAAUGUGGCAAGCACUUCAAGAUAAUCCACUAGAGACUUUCCAACCUGAAGAAGAGGGCGGUGUCGCGGCCCGCUAUGCCGACCUGAAAGAUAGUAAAAUCUCUACACUCACAACCAGUCACAGCCACAAGGUGUCGCAGUUUCACAAACACCUCAAACAAUCUGUCGGCCCUAACCUGGCCAAGUUGCAGGUGACCCCACUUAACAACAAGGACUUCAACUUCGUCCAGUUCCUCCAAGAAAUAGCUUCUGAGCAGUCUUUUGAGGUGACAUAUGUAGAUAUUGAGGAAAAGUCUAUGACAGGCCGCAGUCAGUGUCUAGUCCAGCUAUCAACUUUGCCUGUCGCUGUAUGCUAUGGUUCAGGGCUAACUAGCAAGGAUGCUCAGUCUUCGGCGGCACAAAAUGCUCUCGAGUAUUUGAAAAUAAUGACAAAGAAGUGAAACGUCUCCUCAUCUUGCGACAUCAAUUAUUCACGCCUAGUGUCGAUCUAUGCAUUAUGAUCAAUGUAAAAUAUAUGGCCACUACAAGUUUAUACUUUAAUUUUAAAAAGAAAAUUUAGUCAGCAUAGAACGCCAUUUCAAGGUACAUGAUUGAUGUCGUCAGGUUUAGAGUCUGUAUGAAUCUUUAUUACCACAAUCCAUAUGAGUAUGGCAAUAAUGCCUUAGUGCCAGCAGCACUUCGGGCUAUGCUAUGUAACUGGCAUAUUCGCAGUAUAUUACUAACAAUUACUACUAUUAAUAUAGCUUUAAUUAAAUUUAAAUACUAUUUUAUUAAGAAUAAAAAAAAUAUAUGCAGUGUUUCUUGCAACAAUCUCAAAAUUAUGAUAGUUCAUGUUUUUUUUUAAUAACAAACAUUCCUUUUUCAUUUAAUUAUAAUUAUAAUAAAUCUUAUAAUUAUAUUAGGAUGUAAAAUGUUACAAGUUAUUCUUGUGGUUUCUUAAAGGUAUUCACAUUUAAACUUAUUCUUAAAAAUCCCUUCACUAACCUUGAGUAAUAUAAUUAUACUUUAAAUAUAUAUAAGGUAUCUUAUAAUGUUUGUUAGAAAAUGAAUUUGCACUAAGACUUGUAAAGUAUAAACUGAUGAAUUUGUAGAUUGUUUGCUGAAUUUUGCUCAUGACGCAAAUAGUAAUGACAUAUUUUAUUGUAUGAUCAUCAUUUUGGAAACUAUGACGAAGGGUAUGACUUUCAUGAAUAAUUCGUAACCAACUGAACAAAUCUAACAGGAUACGAAACAAUAACGAAAAAGCCCUUCACUACUGUUUCAUCUAUAGUUUUUUUUUUACUAACUGAAAACAUUUCGUACUAAUACUGCUAAUAUGCGAGAGUAAAUAGCAUAGCCCGUAAAUAUAAAGAAACAAAGUAUGGAGUGGUCAUAUAACAAAUACAAGCUAUACUUUGCAUAGAAUUAGUGUAAUUUUCCCAGCGUGGAAAUUACUCAAUAAUUAAAAAAUGUAAAAAAAAUAUAUAAAAUAUGAAAAAUGUAUAAAAAAAAGUGUGGACUAUGAAUUUCCAGUUUAAUAUUCAGCAUUAUUUAGGCAUAAUUUUACAUAAUUAUAAUAAAAUGAACUCAUUAUUACUACUUACCCAAAAUAUUAGCUUUUAAUGUAUCAUAUUGUUAUAAAAAAAAAUAUGAAUGAAAUAAAAUAUGGUGUUUUAGUUAAAGUAUAUGAUAAUUUAAAUAAUAUUUUUUCUCGUCCGGUGUGUUAAGGAUUUUUCUAACAUGCUGAGCAUUAAACGGAAAAUAUUCUCAGCUGGUAUUGUCUUGUUGACGAACUGCCCGACCUUUGCUUUGUAAUUCGCUUUGAAAUCGCUGUUAAAUUUACAAAGUGCAAGGGUUGGAACUUGCAGGUAACAAACUUGUGAUUAAAUCGGAAAGGCAGGAUUGCUAAUUGUAUUUAUUUCAAUUUUACCAGUGAACGUAUAGGUUUUCUUUUUGAAACAUGAUGGAAAACUUUGCAGGGAAGCUGAGAACUAGGUGUUAGAGUGAAUAUAUCACUGGAAUUAAUGGUUGCGAUGUUAGGAUCCCUUGCCUGUGAAAAUGGGCAUUAUUUUAAUGCAAAGUAUAGAGGUUGUAACUAUUUCUACUGGUACAGGAUCGUCGUCUUAUUGGUUGUUACUGAUAACGACGAGGGUUUUGCACUUACCGAGUUUCUUUUAAAUUGAAUGGUGUGAGUUCAGCCUGCCCUAUUAAAACAUCGCACUGUUCAAAUUAGAAAAGACUAAUUGGAGUAAAGGAAUGGAGUUCUGUUCAACCAAGACCAACUAAAUAAAAUUAUAAUGUCAGAACAUCGAGACGUUGAAGUUCACUUGUUACACUUUUAUGUUUAGUCAGUCUUGGUUUUACUUUAAUUAUAAUAAUAAUAAUUAUAAUAUAGAUAUUGUCACUGUAGUAAAAUAUCAAAAUUUUCCUCGCUUUAGCUGCCGUGUAGUCACUUUUUUGAAAAAUUAUAUAACUAAUAUAUUUGCUGCGCGUCUUUUCUGCUCUAACUACAAUAAAGUUUGGUAUUGC